GAGGCCACACCCGGACAGCCGUACGGAUAUAAUAACGAACUGAAUGGCGAAAACUCAAUGAAUAAUGUGUUUAAUAACGUAGAGAACAAUAUGAGAGAACGACGACUCGAUAUCAAGGCCUUACUCCAUGAAGACGAGGCGCUCCUAUGUCUUACACACCAUCCGAGACUCGGAUGUGAGGACACAACUGUGCCCUUCAGUAAAGCCGACCCAUUGAACAGCGCCUCCAAAAGUAUCUUCGUAUCCGAGGCCCACAUCUGUGAGGCAUACGAGCGCUACUUAGUUAUGGACCGAUACUAUGCCGAACGCAUCGGACAUAAGGCUACAUUCAACGACACGGAGUCUAAUAGAGCGGCAAAAGUGGAUCACAUAUAUAUGGACGAGACAUUGUUUGGUGCGGCGGCCAGUUGUCUACAGGUAACAAUGCAGGCGACAGACGUGUCCGAAGCGUUCACACUAUACGACCAGUUGACUCCAUUAACGCCCAUAAUGUUGGCUUUGGGCGCCGCGACCCCUAUUUUUAGG